CUAAUUCUGAUUAUUUCCUUAUACCAUGAUGGGAAUAUUGUAUGAGAAACGGCCACUAAAACGGCCUAGAUUAGGGCCGCCUGAUGUUUAUCCUCAAGAACCUAAACAGAAAGAAGACGAACUCAGUUCCAUAAAUGUCAAACAUGGCUUUGCUACAAUGCCUCAGUUAUCAGAUGAGUUUGGAACUGCAAGACAUUGUAAUGUCACUGCUGCUAAGGUGGGAGCAUAUUUCAAUGCAAUUCUUGCGAAGAAGGAAGAGCUUUCUACCAUGCCGGACACAGGAAGGAAGCGACAACAGAUCAACCCAAAAGAUAAUUUCUGGCCAGUAACUGCAAGAACAAAAAAUGGUAUUGAGGCAUGGUUUAAGGAUCUAUCUGGUUGCAAACCAUUAAUAGCUCUUGCAAAAAAGGCUCCUAAUUUUAAUAAGAAAGAAGAAAUAUUUAUGAUGCUUUGCGAAUACCAAGUACCAAUGCUUAGAGCUGCAUGGUUUAUUAAACUAAGUUCUGCUUAUACAGUAGCAGUUUCUGAAGCCAAAAUAAAAAAGAGGCAACUACCUGAUCCAACUACAGAGUGGACAGGAACUCUUAUAAAGUUUUUGAAAGAUCAACUUUCAAAGCUACAAGAAUAUUAUUAUAUAAAUAAUUAUGUGACAAAUAGCAUUAGCAACAAUGGUAUCACAAAUAGUUCCUGUAAUACCAAUGGUACUGGAAACAACAAUAGCAACAAUAACAGUAACAAUAAUGUUAAUAAUAGCACUAAUAAUAAUAAUGGAGUUGCUAAUAAUCAGCCAGCUACGCCAAAUUCAAGUAAUCAAGUGACAGUAGGAAAUGUCAUGAAUGAGGAACAUAAAUUAGCAUUGAAACAGUGGCAUUAUUGUGUACAAUUGGCAAAGUAUAUGUUUGAAGAGGGAUUACUAGAUAGACAAGAAUUAUUACAAUGGAUUUUAGAAUUAUUAGACAAAAUUAAAUCUUCUCCUUUAGAGGAUGGUAUUUUAAAACUUCUGUUACCAUUAGCACUGCAAUAUUUAGAAGAAUUUGUGCAGUCUGAAUUAUUAGCCAGACGUUUAGCAUAUCUGUGUUGUCGUAAAUUGGCACAUAUGUGUAGUAAUAUAGAAACUAAUGGCAAUCCACAAAGUCCGUCCAUAAUUAAAAGCGAAGUUAAUGGUGGAAAAGACACUGCCACUGCUAGUCAUAUGCAAAAUCCAUUAACUACUGCUUUUAAUGACUAUUUGUCAUGUCCACAUCACAGAGAUGUUAUUUACAGUUUAUCAACAAUAAUACAGGUUAUUACUUUGGAAUGUCCAACAGCAUUAGUAUGGAAUAGUGUCGGCGAAGGAAAAGCUCCAUCUGUGUUAAAUGGUUCUCCAUUGGAUUAUUUACCAUGUCCUCCAACAACUUUACCAUCUCCACCAGCAACUGCAACUAAUCCUACACUAAAACAGUUAAAAAUUGCUCAAGAGAAUAUUCGGGCAAGAUCUCAAGCUGCUGAAGGGAAAUGGUCAUGUGAUAAAUGGCAGCAAAGUAGUGCUGGAAUAACAACAACUAAAGUUUUAGCUGCGUUAGAUGCAUUAGACCGUCAUAGUUUCGACAGAAUGGAUUCUACCAAUUCAUUAGAUACUUUAUAUGCCAAAAUAUUUACAUCGCCACCGAAAGAUACUGCCAAUGAACGAGAUACAAAGCCGGAAUAUAAUCCACAACAAGAUUCGGCUGUAGUUGAAAUACUGUGUGAAUGGGCUGUAAGUGCUGAACGAUGGGGAGAACAUAGAGCGAUGGCAGUUGCGAAAUUACUUGAGAAAAGACAAAGCGAAGUUACUGGAGAAACAAACGAUAAUGAUGAUAAAGAUAGCAUUUGUAGUAACGGAAGUCCACCUGUACUUCCAAUUUUUCAACCAUUACUUAUGAAGUUUUUGGACAUGGAUGCGCCGGUACUAGAUAAUACACCUGCCCAAUCAAAAGUUCAGUUUACGAAUUUGGUUCACUUAUUUUCAGAAUUAAUUAGGCAUGACGUGUUUUCACAUGAUGCAUACAUGUGCACACUUAUUUCCAGAGGAGACCUUAUACAAGGUCCUGUGGCUAGCAAACCAGGAACUCCAAAUAAUCGAGAAUCAAUUGAUGAAGACAGCCUAUUUCCAGGAAUAGAUUUAAAACCAACCAAAUUGGAAGUAACAGAUCACGGACGAACAAUGGAUUACGAUGAUAGUAAAAUUGACGAUGACUUGGACAAGUUGUUACAACACAUUAAAGAAGAUCAACAAAAUAGUAUGGAUGCCCCUGAUAGUCCAAAAGAAGAUGCACUAGCUGGACAUGGAACUCAAGAAGGAUUAGAUUCUAAAAUACCAUCGAGCCAUAGUAGACACUUAUUAUAUACAACUCAUUUUCCAUUACCUCAGGAUGAAACAUGUAGUCAGCAUGACUGUAACCAACGACAUGUACUACUUUAUGGAGUAGGUCGUGUUAGAGACGAGGCUAGACAUAUUGUUAAAAAAAUGACAAAAGAAGUGUGUAAAUUAUUUGGAAAAAAAUUUAGUAUCGACGUUGCAGAAGGUGGAAAAGUUAAAAAACAUUCCCGUAGUGAAUUUAACUUUGAGGCAAUCACUUUAAAGUUCCAAAAUUUAAGUUACUUUGAUCAGCAUGUAGUAACAUGGCAAUGCGCAACUCAAGUUAUUGAAAUGUUAAAUACAUUUGCACUGGCUGGAUCAUCUUAUUUACCAGUACAAGAACACGUUGCCUUUUUAUUUGAUUUAAUGGAACUAGCUGUAAAUAUAUAUGGUUUAAUAGACGUUUGUAUUCAAAUACUAAAAGAAUUACCAGAAGUAGAAGCACAGUUAACAGUUAGAAAUAGUCAACUGGUUAGAAGUUAUACUACCAGUUUAAGUCUAUAUGUUGUAGGGGUAUUAAGAAGAUAUCAUUGUUGUUUAUUGUUGUCUCCUGAGCAAACAACGGCAGUAUUUGAUUUACUUUGUAAAGUCGUAAAACACGUAUCAAAUCCUAGCGAUUGCAGUUCUGCCGAACGAUGCGUAUUAGCGCAUCUAUAUGAUUUAUACUCGUCUUGUUCUUUGUUAAAAACAAAACCACACGGAGUAGAAGCAUUUAGUAAUGCUUACCCUAAAAUUCGAACAGCUCUUUACAGUACGUUACAACCGACUACAUCGAGUCAUGUAUAUAAUUCACAAUUUAUGGUGGAUGUUUUUACUAGCCCAAGGCGCGGAGGAAAAAUCGAACCACAAUGGGCUAGACAAUUAAACGAGACACCGGCGAAUCGUUAUAGUUUUGUUUGCAAUGCGAUUGUCGCAGUUUGUAGUGAAACAGAUAAUGACAAAUUAAAUGAUAUUGCGAUAACAUGCGCAGAAUUAACAGCUUGCUGCAAUGCUCUUAAUGCUGAGUGGCUAGGGGUCCUUAUGGCACUAUGUUGUUCUUCGAGUAGUUCUGCAUUUUAUAUUGACGUUCUAAAUCAAGUAGAUGUGCAAGAUUUGAGUAUACAUAAUUCUCUAGCCGUAUUCACGUCAAUUUUAAUUGCAAGACAUUGUUUUUCUUUAGAAGAUUUUGUUGUGCAUAUAGCACUGCCAUCCUUAGUUAAAGCUUGCAAUGAAGGUCGUGGAGAUGCAGAUAUGGAAGCUGAAGCUGGGGCACGUUUAACAUGCCACUUGCUUUUACGUCUGUUUAAAACAGUCGAAUGUCCUCAACCGGCUUUGUAUUCCGUGAGUACAAGCCCUCACCCCUUACCAAAUGGGAACUCUAGGGGUUACAGCAUAAAAUUAAGUUGUGAUAGACACUUACUGGCAGCUGCUCAUAACAACAUCAGGGUUGGUCCAGUGCUAGCAGUACUUAAAGCUAUACUCGUUGUUGCUGAUGCAACUGCUGGUAAACAACCACCAAAGAAACCGGAUGUACCAAUGAAUCAUUCUAGUAAAGCAGGUGGACCAGCUAGUGUUGGCGUUGGUGUAGGUGUGAAUACUGGUGGAUCAAGUGAAUUAUCGAUCAGUCAUAUCUUAGGUACAAGUGAUAUUUUGGGAGGUGGCGAUGACUUAGGACUUGAUCUAGCAAUGUCUUCGUCUAAUAGUAGUGCUGGAAUGACUACCGAAAAUGUUAAAGGAUUAUCAGAUUUCGCACAACAUGUUUUAAGACAAAUUUGUAGCCAAGAAUGGGUAUUAGAAAGGUGUUUACAAAAUCCAGAGGAACUUUGCCAUCCUGACAUGUUGCUUGAUAAUAUGUUAACACCUCGUCAAGCUCAACGAUUGCUCCACAUGAUCUGUUACCCAGAGACAUCCAUAGACGCAUUUAUUGACCAAAAAACUCACAUAACAAAUAUCUUGGAGAAUCUAGAACAAUGGAGUUUAAGAAUGUCGUGGCUCGACUUACAACUUAUGUACAAACAAUUUCCCCCAGGAUCAAGCGACCUAUCGCAAUGGUUAGAUACUGUCGCUAAAGCUGCAAUCGACGUUUUCCAGCUAAAUACUAUGUCGAGUAAAUCAGACAAACGAUCUGGAUCGAUAUGGUUGGUUGCGCCGCUUGUUUCAAAAUUACCAAGUGCGGUGCAAGGUCGAGUUCUUAAAGUAGCAGGUCAAGUUCUAGAAUCUGGUAACUGGUCGAAAACAACAGCCGGUCGCGAAAGAAGCAGAUCAAAAUCACCGUCGCUCUUUAAUCAUCAGCCGUUUCUCUCACUAGUACUCACUUGUCUUAAAGGCCAAGAUGAUCAAAGGGAAGGUUUGCUGAUGUCAUUACAUUCGCAGCUAUCGCAGUUUUUGAAUAUCAGUAAAGAAGAGAAAAACUUCGCUACUGAAGAUCCUAAAUCGAGAGAAGUGUUGCAAGAUGCAUUACAAUUAAGAUUUAGUCUUGUUGGUGGUGUUUUCGAUACCAUACAAAGGAAUACAACUGCUACCACUGAUUGGGCUAUUCUGUUAGUUCAGUUGGUUAGCUAUGGUGUUAUAGAUUUGAAUAAUAAUUUUGAAUUAUUCACCACUGUCAUAGAUAUGUUAGCAACUCUAAUACAUUCUACCCUAGUUUCUGAUUCACAAUCUGAAAAAGAUGAAAAUAAAAAACAUUAUCAAAACUUAAUGAAAAAAUUAAAGAAAGAGCUUGGAGAUAGAAAUUCUCCGAGUAUUAGAUAUGUUAGACAAUUAUUACCUUUACCGAAAUUGACGAUGGAAGUCAUUACAUGUGAACCAGUUGGAUGUCUAACAGAUACAAAAGGCAAUAAGAUAGCUGGUUUUGAUAGCAUCGAUAAAAAACAGGGUUUGCAAGUAUGUGAUUCUCAAAGAGUAUCAGCUUGGGAAGUAUUGGAAGGUCAUAAAAAUCCAGCACCAAUAUCUUGGGCUUGGUUCAGAGCAGUUAGAUUAGAACGUAAACCUCUUACAUACCAAAAUGCGCAUAAGCUGUUACGAUAUCAUACCCAUAGUCAAAUUAGACCACCCAGCCACUAUUUAGAUCCACCACCAUUACCUGCAGAAGAUUUAGAGCCGGAUAAAAAGGAAUCUGAACCUGGAAAAGCUGAUACUCCAAUGAGUAUUGAUUCUCCUGGAAGAGUGGCAAAUAGCGUUGGUGGUAACAUAAUUGGUACUGCUGUAACUAAUGGUAAAGGCAAGGGUAUGAAAUCUCGAAGACAUAGAAAAAAUAAAGGUGCAGCUACACCUACUACGCCUGUAACACAGCAAAUUCAGCAACCAACCAAUCAGUUGCAACAAAUAGCAUUCGGAAAUCAACAAGUACCUGUCUCACAACAGCCUGGAAUGUUUACUGGUCAACCACCACAGCAUCAGCAACCGUGGUACGCUAACCAACAAACUCACACACCAGCACAGCAAUACGGAUAUGGUCAGCAGUUACCACCAACUCCAGUUGGACCAAGAUAUGAUAGACCUGGCAUGAACAAUCAGUCAAAACAGGCACUUUCUCAUAUGUUACGUUUACGAUUGCCAUCCAAUCAAUUAAUAAGCUCUCAACAACAACCGAAUGCUGCGCCUGUUGGUGGACCAGGAGCAUUCCAAGGUAUGCAAAGACAACAGUUUAUUAGACAACAGUUAAGAGCUCAGCAUGGAGCUCCAAACAUCAACCCACAGCAAGGAAUGUUUGCUUCACAACAACAGCAACAACAACAAGCGCAACAACAAGGAAUUUAUACUGGAAUGCAACAAGGUAUGAAUCAAAAUUAUGCAGGAUAUGGAGGCCAACAAAUGAUACCACAGCAACAGCAGCAGCAGCAGCAGCAACAGGCACCUCAACAAGCGCAACAACAACAACAGUUAUUACAACAGCAGCAACAGCAGCAAGGUUUAAUGAAUCAGCAGCAGAACAUGAUGUUCCCCAAUCAACAACAAAUAAUGGGACCUCAGAGAGGACAAGAAUAUAUUCCGCAACGUUUACAGCCUGGAGCCACAAGACCGCCAUACCUUCAAGCUCCGAAUGUCACUAUGAAUACAAUGGGUCCAAUGGCAGGUGGUGUUCAAAAUCAACCAGCACCACCUUAUAGACAAACUAGUGGAAAACCUGGUACAGUUGGAGUGACAGGAGUAGGUACUGCCAGCGUUGGUUUGCAACAAAAUCAACAGUUUCAACAACAGCAGGCAAUAAAUCAACAGCGGAUAAGACAACAAAUGCUUGCAAUGCAACAACAACAACAGCAAGCACAGCAGCAGCAACAAGUGCAACAGCAACAACAGCAGCAGCAAGGCAAUGCGGGUGGGCAACAACCAACUCCUCAAUUAGUGACACAUUUACAACGGCAUUUAAGCCAACCACCGCAACAUUAUCAACAUCAACCGCCGCCUUAUUAGUAGUUUAAAUUGUAUAUAAUUAAUUAAUUAUGCUGUAUAAAUAUAAAUUAUAUAAAAUGUGUAAAUUUGAAUAACAAAAGUUACAUAACUUAAUUUGCAGUAUGAAUGUGUAAAGAGUGCCAUGGUAAGGGCAAUAAAGUGAAAUGAGUGUCGGAAAGAUAUUGGAAACUAUUUCUACAAUUUUGACUUUAAUUACAGUUAUUAAUAUGUACAUUAUGUGUGAAGUAACCUAAUAAUU